CAUGCUCUGCACUUCUGUUGUCUGUGUGUUAGCUGUGACAGGAAACAGACGUCAGUGCUGUAUGUUCAUGUAAAAGAAAUGCAAACGAUCGAGUGUGGAAUUCCAGAAAGAGCAAGAAAUACAGGCUGACUAGACUAUUAUACACACAGACAUAUAAACAAACACACACACACACACACACACACUCAUACACACACUCACACACACAUAUACAAACACACACACACGCUCGCGCACACACAUACAAACACACACGCAUACAUACUACGCGCGUGCGCGCACACACACGCACGGAGACACCGGCUGUUUACUUUUACUUAGUCAGUUCUUCAUUUCUGCAAUCAGAAGUACAAUGGAGCAGAAGAUAAACGAUGUUGUGCAGAUGUGCUGUGAGGUCUCAGCGAGCAGGGACAUGAAGGCUACAGUGAAAGGUUCUCUGAAAGGAGGAGCGAUGGCUGGAGGGAGCGCUGUGGUGGGAAGCCUGCUGCUCGGUCCGGUCGGACUCGCUGUCGGUGCAGCGGCCGGAGGUCUUGUGGCCUGGAUGACCAGCGGUCAGUUUAAACCAGUUCCUCAGAUCCUCAUGGAGCUUCCACCACAGGAGAAACAGAAGCUUUACUCUGAGAUCAGUGUGAUUCUGGGAUCUCUGGACUGGACAGACGUCACUCAGCUGAUGUUUCUUGUUCGAGGAAAUAAAACGAUGCUGCAGAGAGUCGAAGCUGGGAUUCAGUCUUUUGUAAAUAACAGUCUAGGCGCUGAACUGAAAUACGGAAACUAAGAGCAGAGACAUGAGAACAGCACAGAUAAAGUAGAAUCUGGUUUUGAGUGAAUAUUUAAUCAUUAGAUAUUUCUGUAAAGCUGCUCCGUGAUCCACUGUGUACAAAUAAAUUAAUUAGAGUCGCCCUUUACAAA